ACGUCAAUUUCAACUCGAGACACAUCUGCUGUGUCAUUCAGCACCACAUCGAUGCCAGACGAACACAGGGCGACAACACCUGAAGAUAUCGAUGAUACCGACGAUAUGGAUGACACAGAUCAAGAAGAAAUCUCUAUUGACGAUGUUGAUUCCUCUCCAGAUGGCACCAUUGUCGUACAUUCGACUGCAUGCAAUGUGAUUUUCUCUAACACCGGUACAAAAAUCAAAUGCGGAGGAGUUUCGGAUGGAACUGCGGCUGGUGCAAGUGUGGGUGCGUUUGUUUUCGGUUGUAUUGUAGGAAUCGUUUCAACUUUGCUGUUGGUAUGGCGUCUUAACCUUCGGCAAGUGGAAAAUCAUAAACCACAAGUAUCUAGUGACGAGAAACUAACCGAGUCCAGUGCGUAUGUGGCUGAGCUAUCGACAAAUAGGGUAUCUCAAGCGGUGUAUGACGACCUUGUCGAAACACAGCAACAGUCCACCAACUCUCUUUUCACUACCAAUGCCGUUUACUUAGCAACGGAUGCUGCAACUGCAGUUUGAAUUAAUGUUUGAAUUGUCUUAGAUAAAGUAGCAAACCAUCUCAAAUGUUUUCCAUGCAAGUACGUUGUUUGAAGUAUAUUUUGUUCUGACCUUCAUUGCGGAACAUAGUGACGUGAUUUGGAAUACGAAUUUCUAUACAAAUAGAUAAUACAGAUACUAAAUAUUGAUUCUUUUAA